AUCCCGCCCGCAUGGCUCAAGCUGACGGUUCUGCCUUUUUCGCAUUUGAUCUGACGCAGGACACCACUCUUAUCACGCGUUGACUCGCAGCUUGCUCUGCGCAGCGUUACGAGGGAGCUCCAGCAAAGACGACACGACCUGCAUACACGACAUACACUGCAUACACUGCAUACACUGCAUACAUUGCAUACAUUGCAUGUCCAGCAGGCGGCAACGAGACGCUACCAGCAUACGAGAGCCAAAAGCCAGCCAAGGCGUCAGACAGCCAUCCAUUUCUUGCGCGUCCUGGAAACACCCUGUCGCAUGAAAGUUGAAACUGCGCUCUUGUACCUUUUCCCUUUUCGCUAUCCACGCUCUCGACGCGCGCAAGGCCCAUCUCGACUCCACCAUGGGUCGCAGAAAGAUUGAGAUCCGUCCCAUCAAGGACGAUAGAAAUCGCUCCGUCACCUUCUUGAAGCGUAAAGGCGGCUUGUUCAAGAAGGCUUACGAGCUGAGCGUACUCUGUUCCGUCGACGUCGCUGUCAUCAUCUUCGGUACCAACAAGAAGCUCUACGAGUUCUCGUCUGGCGACAUCCACGAGACCGUUACCCGCUUUCAAUAUUAUGGCGGUGCACACGAACACAAAGGACCAGCCGACUUCCAGGGCAAGGGUGUCGCCGGUGACGAUGACGAAGAAGGUGACGAGGAGCCUGUCGAACAGCACGAGUCGCACUCACCACCAGAUGCAUCCAUGAUCCAGCAUCCCCUCCAGCACCAGCCCGGUCUCCAGCACAUGAGGAACGUCACGCCUUCUGCAUCGCCGCCAAUUCCCAAUGGCGCUAUGCCCGCAUUUCCACAGCGCAUGGCCACUCCGCAGCCGCCCAAUGGCUCUCGUCCUUCCUCUCGCGUCUCCCACUUCCGCCGUACAAGCUCCAACCUAGUGCCUCAGCAACAACACAUGGGCACUCCGUCGCAAGGACCUCCUCCCCAGCCUACAUACGCAUAUUCUCCCAAUCCUCCGUACCACCCUCCACCUCCGAAUGCCAUCAUGCAGCGACCCACCCCACAAGGCUUCAACGUCCAUCCUCCGCAAUACUACGCCGCCUAUCCUCCGCCUACUCAACAACAAAUGCAAGUCGCUGCUCAGCAGGCUUAUAUGCAAGAACAGAGAAGACAAUCGUCCGUUCCUCCACACUUCAUGAGCCAGGUUCAUCCAGGUGCGCAGCAACACAUGGGCCAACCGCAGCAACACUAUCCACAAAAUCAAUCACAUAGUGCACAACCUUCUCCUCAACCCAACCAGAAUGCCUUCCAAAGCCCUCCGAUGCCUCAACCAAGACCUCUACCAGCCCAUGCUAGAUCGCAUAGCAUAUUCACACCCAUUGACGACAGUCGCUCGCUUCUCGCUCAGCAUUGGGGUGGAAGCGCUUCCAACUACAGAGAACCAGUCAUUAAAACAGAAGGUCCACGCUCACACUCGGUCGAUGUGUCUUCGGCGCCACGCCAACGAAUGGAGGAAUUACCUUUAGAACCGCCCGAGCCAGCGGCGACAUCAGCACCACAAGCACAAGCCACGUCAAACCCUACCAUGCAAGCACCUCCUCCAGGACCUCCACAACGCACAGCGUCAUUCUCAUCAAUACCUGGACCUAUAAGACCAGGCGGAGCGGCUGCCGAAGCCAAACGCCCACGAUUGAAGGUGCAGAUCCCGAGUGAGCAGUCAGAUGCGGGCAGUGCGACAGCAGAUUCCUCGCCUAAGGAUGGUGGUACAGCGACGGCAACGCCAUUGCGCGUGGGUCAAGGGGUAGUCCUUCCACCUCCUUCGCCAUCCACAAAUGCUGUUCUCUCGGCCGGUGCAUCUGGCCCACCCAAUCCAUUCGCACGACCGGCCCCGCCAAUCAGUACAAACUCGCAGCUGAAUCGUGAAAGAGACCAUAUAGAAACGCCUCUAUCAGCAUUACCAAGUCGAGUCAUGGAUGGAAACCAUCUUUUACCCAGCCCUUCGUCGUUCUGGCCUGAUGCCUGGUUCGGACGGGAUAAUAAUAUGAUGCCGAGUCCACUAAACUUCCAAACGCCGGUUGUGUUGAGUGGGCCAGGAUUCAGGGAAGAAGAUGAGAAGAAAAGAAAGGCCGAAGAAGAAGCAGGAGGCGGUGGAAAGAGGGCGAAAGAAUAGAGGGAUUGUUGUUUAAUGAUUUCAGUCGAGAAAGAGGCCCAAAAUAGUUACGAGUACAGCAAGUUAUGGGUAGGAUGUCUGAGCAGGAGAAUUUGCAGAGAGCAUAUUCCCGAGAUAUGGGCGCAUCAUCAGGUAGUGACAGGACUUAUAACACAGCAUUUAGUACUUGUAGGAAA